GUCAACCUAGCUCGCGGAAUUCCGCCCCCAUGCUUACCCAGGCCCGGUUAACUCCAUCCAUGGCCGCCAGGGUCUGGGCAUUGCAUCAUGUUUGCCUGCAACAUCGAUGGGGUCAGUAAGGGAGAAUAGGAUUAGUGUGCGAAGCUUGCAAGUUGACAUUGAGAAAUAGAUUGCACUGCUGUGGGGCGGACGGAUACAUAAGGGCUGGAGGGAGUGGUGCUGUAUAUGCUGACAUGUUCGAGUCUGCAUUCUACAACUCAACCUAAAGACAUUUACUCCCGUGUUCAAGUCGAAUCAUUUCCAUCCAAUUUACCGCGUCCAAAGCCAAAAUGCCAGGCCCCCUCCCCUACACGCGACACACCCCCGCAUCCACCAUUGCCGCUGACAACGCCGCCCACAUCGCCGGCAAAGUCGUCCUCACCAGCGGCGUCUCCCCCCACGGCACAGGCGCCCUCUUCCUCGAAGCAAUCGCGGCUUACAGCCCCGCCUUGCUCAUCCUCGCCGGGCGCAACACCUCCAAGACGCGCGCCACAGCGACCAAACUCGCGUCCCUCAAUCCCUCCAUAAAGACCCGCGUGCUGGACCUCGACCUCGCGUCGCAAGCCAGCGUGCGCCGCGCCGCCGCCGAAGUAAACGCCUACGGCGAGGACUAUAUUGAUGUGUUGGUGAACAACGCGGGCGUCAUGGCAGGCCCCUACCGCACGACCUCAGACGGCCUGGAAAUGCACUUCGGCACCAACCACAUCGGCCACUUCCUCUUCACCAAUCUCGUCAUGGGCAAGCUGCUCGCCGCCCCGGCACCGCGCGUCGUCAACAUCUCCUCCGACGGGCACCGCCUGUCGGGCAUCCGGUGGGACGAUGUCGGUUUCAGCGGUGGGAAGACGUACAACCAGUGGGUUGCGUAUGGGCAGUCUAAGACGGCGAAUAUCCUGUUUACGCGGGCGCUGGCGGCGAAUGCGGGAUUGACGGAGCGGGGGUUGCGCAGCUUCGCGGUGCAUCCUGGCGUGCUGAUGAGCACGAGUCUCGCGGAUGGUCUGGAGGCCGAGGACUUCGCGGAUUUGAAGAAGUUGGAUAAGGAGAUUGGAGAUCCGCUUGGGGAGGAAGGCGCGAGCUUCGAUGUCAAGACCGAGGAGGAGAUGGUUGCGACGCAUGUGGCCGCGGCGUUUGAUCCGAGGCUGGAGGGGGCAGAGUGGAAUGGGACUUAUAUGGAGGAUGGAGAUGUGCAUGAGGAGAAGGUGAGGGGGACGGUGGGGGGGAGGGAGGAUGCGGAGAGGCUUUGGAGGUUGAGUGAGGGGUUGGUUGGGGACAAGUUUAGGUGGUGAGUGUGCUGGUACAGCAGUUUGGUUGUUAUUGUAGUAGCGCUCUACGAAUGUCAAUGUAUGCGUUGCUGAAGGACCGAA